AUGAGCUAUAUUUUGGUAAAAUAACUAAAUGAUUCAUAAUUAAUAGUUCUAUAUACUGCAGGAGCUGGAGCAUAAGCUUUAUGUCAUUUCACGCUUCACCCGGGUUCAUCAAAAUAUGCUAUGGAAUCAUCGAGUUUUUAUGCAAAGGGAAGUCUCGAAUUACUUUUGAACAGAAACAUAGAAAAAUUUGUUACAGAACAAGUAGCAGAAGAUAUGGCACUAAAAGCGUUAAUAAGAUCUCAUGAGAUUUUAAGAUAAGAAUAUAUUACUGAUAAGUAUGAUUUCUGUUCUAUUAGAUUUAAUACUACUUUAGGAAUUGGAGUCACUGCAGCUAUUCGAUCUGUAAAUGAAAGAUAGGGGAGACAUCAUGCAUUCAUUUGUUUAAACUUUGGAAUUGCAAAAUAUACUUACUAUUUGGAUUUGGUCAAAGGUGUAAGGACAAGAGAAGAAGAAGAUCAAUUCAUUUCCGAUAUUUUGUUUAAACUCAUUAUUAAACACUCAUCUUAGCAUUAAUAAUAGAUCAAAGAACAGGAGGAGGAAGUGUUAGAUAAAAUUCAAAUAUUAGAAAAUGCUAAAUCGAUGAACUUAAACUUAAUUAAAUCAUUGCAAAAUCAAACAGGUCUUCUUAACUCUAUCCUAAUAACUGCUAAUCAAUAUCAAUUAAAUCCAAUUGUUUAGGAUGCUAUCAUAUUAAGUGGGUCAUUUAACCCUAUACAUUUUGGGCAUAUUGAAUUGGCUAAAAUGUCAUAAUAACUUAUGGGAUUGCCAAAUGUGUAUUUCGAAUUAUCGAUUAAAAAUGCUGAUAAACAGGAUAUCACUAUCUAAGAUGUUGAGAAGAGAAUAGAGUUGAUGAAAAAAUAGAAUCUAAAUAUUAUACUAUCUAAUAAGGCAUUCUUUAAAGAUAAAAAUUUAUUUUUAAAAAAUGGAGCUUUUGCUAUUGGAGUAGAUACAUAUAAACGAGUUGUUGAUGUUAAAUAUUAUAACAAUUCAAUUUAAGAAAGAGAUCUUUCUCUUCUUUUGUUUCUCCAAAACAAUAAUAAGAUUAUAGUAGCCCCUAGAUACAAUGAAACAACUCAAAAAUUGGAAACAUUGAAUGAUUAUGAAAUUCCAAAAAUAUUAGAGAAGAAUGUGAUUGAAUUAAAAGAAUUCAGAAAUGAUAUUUCUUCAACAAAAAUAAGACAAAGUGAAGGUAAUUGA